AUGUAUAGGAACUUUGGAAACAACAUAUUUGGAUCGAUACAACUUCAAACAUUUUCCCAGUCGCAAUCCAUUUUUUAUUUUGCUUGCUCCCAAAUGUUCGCUUUUCCGAAACGGAUCGCUACAUCAUUGUGGGCAAGGAGAGACAAUUUUUGCAUGCGCACGUUCGCCAUUCAAGGAAAACGUGCAGUUCUGGGAAUCGAGACAAGCUGUGAUGAUACUUGCGCCGCGGUGGUUUUAGAAGACGGAACAAUUAUUCAUUCUGCGCAAACGUCCCAGCACCGAGAAAAUCAGCAGAAAGGAGGAGUCGUUCCAUCGAUUGCUGCUCAAAAUCACCGCCACAACCUUCCUAUCGUUGUCGAGGAGGUGCUCCAGCAUGCAACUGUCGACACGAUUGAUGCAGUCGCUCUGACCAUCGGACCGGGCCUCGCUCCAUGUCUAGGCGCAGGUCUCGACUUUUGCAAGCAAUUCUGCUCGGAGUUCCACAAGCCUCUCAUUCCCGUGCAUCACAUGGAGGCCCACGCCAUGGUUCCCACACGUACAAGCUGUCUCUUCUACCCCUCCCUCUCCUUUCUGAUUUCGGGCGGCCACACACAGCUCCUCUACUGCAGCGACCAUCUCCACCCGUUUUUAGAAGUGGGUUCUUCGCUCGACGACGCGUGCGGCGAAUGCAUCGACAAAGUCGUCCGCGAAAUUCUCCGACUUACGCCCUCCAUCCACACUCCCAAACACGGCGGAGCACAGCUCUCCGAGUGGUCCACCCAGUACCAAACACACAAAGCGCAGAAGAAUCCCCGCGAACCCGAUUUCCCCGCGUUUCCACUGCCAUUGGCGCGGCGGCCCACCGCGGAUUUUUCGUUCGCGGGACUCAAAACGCACUCGAUCCGCGUGAUUCACCAGCUCCACGCGGCGAACAAACUCGAUGAACCCACGGUCGAACGAUUUGCGUUCGAAUUCGAACGAGCGAUCGUUCGCCACCUUGUAAACAAACUGCAGCGCGCAACCAAUGCGUUCCCUGAAGUCCGCUCGCUUGUUCACUUCGUGGAAAUAUGUGACUCGUAG